AUGCAACUCUUGAGACACGCAGCCGGCUCCGCCCUCCGGGGCUGCGGCCGUCCUCUCGCCAAUGGCGUCCGCAUCCCGCCCUCCAAGCUUUCCAUUACCGCCGUCGCCGCUCCCUUCUCCACCUCGGCCACCAACCCGGCCAAGAAUCAGAUCUACGCAUCUGUCCGCCGCCCCGACAACUUCCACACCUACCAACUUCUGUCCGCCUCCGCCCGCACACCGCUGAUAACGCUAUGGACCACCUCAUGGUGCGGCACAUGUCGAGUCGUCGCCCCGUUGAUACGAUCAAUCGUUGAAUCUGGCGUCGGCGAGGCGGAAGGCGGCGUUGCAUACUGCACCGUCGAAUUCGAUGCUCCCGACGUCAUGAGCGGGGGGCUCGGCAUGACCUACAUGAUCUCCUCCAUCCCGACCCUCCUGAGCUUUGAUAACCAGGAAGCUCAGAUUCAGACCAAGGUCCACGAUGCAAAGAAGCUCGCAGACCGCGCUUUCCUCGAAGAAUGGAUCAGGACCGAAGCACGACGACGUGGCCAACGCGGCGGCGGCGGAGGAUCCGGCGGCGUUUUCGGCGGAUUGUUUGGGGGCUUCAAGUAA